AUGUCAGAAACCAGUCCAGUCUUCGAGGCUCACAUCCAGCGGACCAAGCGAGUUGCAACUCAAGUCAGAUCCUUCUACGACAGAAAAGAGCCGUUCCGGAUCUUCCAUGGCAGCACGAGCAGCACGAGAAGCCAGGAGCAGGAUCGCAAGAAGAUGAUCUCGACCAGUGACUUCACCGAGAUCUUGAGAAUCGACUCCGAGAAACGAGUCGCCAUUGUCGAGCCCAAUGUUUCCAUGGAGAAGUUGGUCGAUGCCACGUUACCGUAUGGACUUGUAGCUCCUGUCAUCAUGGAGUUCAAGAAUAUUACUGUCGGUGGCGGGUUCAGCGGUACUUCCGGUGAAAGCUCCUCGUUCAGACAUGGCGUAUUCGACAACAUUGUGAACAGCAUCGAGAUUGUGCUGGGAAAUGGGGAGAUUGUACGUGCCUCUCGCUCUGAGAGCUCGGAUCUGUUUCAUGGUGCAGCGGGCUCUUUCGGAACACUAGGUGUUGUGACUGAGAUCGAAAUUCAGCUGGUGAAAGCUGGUAACUUUAUGGAAUUGGAGUACCAUGAAAUCACAAGUUCUGCAAAAGCAGUAGAGUCCAUCGAGUCCUACACAGCUGACGACAACGUUCAAUAUCUGGAUGGUAUCAUGUUCUCCAGGAACAGUGGCUUGAUCAUAGCAGGCCGCAUGGUCGACACCCCAACCCCGGGUUGCAAGAUCACGAAAUAUCUUUCAAGGUCGGAUCCCUGGUUCUAUGUCCGCGCACAGAAGAUACUCAAUCAUGAGAUCACAUCUUCCAAUGCCCGCCGAUCCAUCACUGAGAUUGUACCCAUCAAAGAUUACCUCUUCCGCUUCGACAGAGGUGCCUUCUGGGGCGGCUACCACGCCUUCAAAUACCACUUUGCCCCUUUCAACAGACUAACUCGAUAUCUCCUCGACGACCUCAUCCACACAAAAACAAUGUACACCGCUCUCCACAAAUCAGGUCUCGCAAACGAGUUUAUCGUCCAAGACAUCGGAUUCCCAUACUCUACAACGCCAGACUUCAUCGAGUACCUGGAUGAUAACUUCAAGUUGUAUCCACUCUGGCUGUGUCCGCUGAAGUUGAAUGCCCCUUACCCACUCACGCCAAAGGGAAAGCAUUACUCACAGGACAGCCUCCGAGUCAUCAACGUAGGCGUCUGGGGCCCAGGUCCACGCAACCGCGACGACUUUAUCGCAGCCAACCGCGCCAUAGAGGCCAAAACUAAAGAACUCGACGGACUCAAAUGUCUUUACGCACAUGCCUACUACACAGCCCCCGAAUUCUGGGAUCUCUACGAUAAAGAGCACUACGAUUCACUGCGGAAGAAAUGCCACGCCACUAUGCUGCCGUCUGUAUUCGACAAAGUUACUAACAAUGGACCUCCUCCUGCAAACACGCCUUUCGAGCGAUUGAAAAAUACAAGGCCUGUGAGGGGGAUCUAUGGCGCACUGUGCGUGUUCUGGAGUGGUGCGCUUCCUUAUGCUAGAGUGCAUCAAGUGCUGAGUAUUGUGUUUUCUCCCNUACUCUUGCUCAUGUUUUCGACUGCAUGGAUUGUGUCGUUUGGCAAGAACUUGCUAGGUCUAACAGAAAAUGGCGGAGCAAAGCUGCAUUACGAAUAG